CUUAUGCAUGACCCUAAACAUCUUUCCAAUGACUUAAGAUUUCUUGAUUGGCGUGGGUACUUUUCAAAAUCUUUGCCAUCAAGUUUCCAAUCAAAUAAGCUUAUUGAACUUCACAUGUGCUACAGCUACAUUGAACGACUUUGGGAAGGAACAAAGUCUUUUGAGAGAUUGAAACUCAUCGAAUUAAACAAGUCUCAAAAUCUUAUUGAAACCCCUAAUGUCACCAAAAUCCCAAUUCUAGAGAAGUUGUUUUUAGAAGAUUGUAUAAAUUUACUAAGGGUGCACCAAUCAAUCGGAGUUCAUAAAAAGCUUACCAUUCUUAAUCUAAAAGGAUGCAAAAAUCUUAGAAGUCUUCCAAACAAAUUUGAAAUGAGGUCUCUUGAAAUUCUUAUUCUUUCUGGUUGUUCAAAAGUGAAAAAAAUCCUAGAAUUCGAGAAGAAUAUGAAACUUGUAUUAAACCUUUACUUGGAUGACACUGCUAUUACAGAAUUACCCACAUCAAUCGGAGUUCUUAAAAAGCUAACUUUUCUUAAUCUAAAAGUUUGCAAAAUCCUCAAAACUCUUCCAAACAAGUUUGAAAUGGAGUCUCUUGAGAUUCUUACUCUUUUUGAUUGCUCAAAAGUAAAACAAAUUCCAGAAUUUAGGAGAAACAUGAAACGUGUAUGUAAGCUUUACUUGGAUGGUACUGCUAUUACAAAACUACCCACAUCAAUUGAGCAUUUGACUGACCUAGCUUCAAUUAAUUUAAGGGAUUGCAAAAAUCUUGUGUGUCUACCCAACACCAUUUUCAAUUUGAAGUUGCUUAAAGAUGUGGAUAUUUCUGGAUGCUCAAAACUUGAGAGACUACCUGAGAAUUUGGGGAAUGCAGAAAGUAUAGAGGAGCUUGAUGUGAGUGGAACUAUGUCCAAAUCCCGUGGAAUUGCCCUCUCUAUCUCUAUCGGGAUUGUGUUCUCUGAUCAAAUUGGAUCUAAGAGACUGCAAUCUUAG